AUUGACUGAGCCACGCUUGUACACGAAAGACUAGAAUAGAUUUAUCUAAAAUGGAAGCGAUUUCACUGCGCUGUCUGGUAGUCCUUUGGAUUAUUCUGUCAACGGAAAGAGCAGUUUUAGGGUUUACGUGCGGUUCAUCGAAGUUCAGAUGCAACAACCAGCGCUGUGUUCCUUUAGAUUGGCAAUGUGAUGGAGCAAAUGAUUGUGGGGAUAAUUCAGAUGAAAGUGGUUGCCGUCUUCGCUUGUGCGACCCAAAAACCGAGUUCACAUGUACAAACGGUACUUGUAUACCCACUAGUUGGGUUUGUGACGGCGCUAACGACUGCAAAGAUGGAAGUGAUGAAGCUACUGAUAGUGGACCUCGUUGUCCCUCUGUUUCGCGCACUUGUAGCUCCAGUGACUUUACAUGCGCUAAUGGAAUCUGCAUAGGAGCAGAACUGAGAUGCGACAAGGAAAAUGAUUGUGGUGAUAACAGUGAUGAGCAGAAUUGUGGUUCCCUCAAGUGUAAAUCUACGGAGUUCCGCUGUGCCAAUGGUUUGCGAUGCGUGUCUAACGAUUUCCUCUGCGACAUGGAAGACGAUUGUGGCGAUCGGAGUGACGAACGCAAUUGCCACAAGGCCUCAUGUGAUCCAUCCCAGUUUCGCUGUGUGGAGAGUGGACGAUGUAUCCGUGGUUUGUACAGAUGUGAUGGAAGGCGAGAAUGUGUGGAUGGCUCAGACGAACAUGGCUGUAAUUCAUCUGUUAUUACUCGACCAACUCCUCCCCCACCUAAAUGCCGCAUAAAUGAAUGGCUAUGUAACGACAGAAGUCAAUGCAUUCACCGAAAAUGGAUUUGUGACGGAACAGCUGAGUGCAGAGAUGGAAGUGAUGAAUCAAGUUGUGGCAACAUUGGUUGCACGCCUCAGGAAUUCCAAUGUGACAAUCAACAGUGUAUUCCCUCAGUACAGCGUUGCGAUGGCAACGAUGACUGUGGUGAUGAAAGUGACGAGAGGAAUUGUCCUUCUCCAACCCCGUCUGUAAGUACUACUACCCAACCUCCAACAACUACACAUGCGUCGUCGCGGCCAGGCUCAACAGUUGAUGUGCUAGGUCACUCUAAUAAAACCACUUCAGUGUGCAAAGCUAGCGAAUUUCGCUGUGGCAGCAGCUCAGUUUGUAUUGGUGAUAGCAAAGUCUGCGACAGACAUCCUGAUUGCCCUCAUGGAGAGGAUGAAAAUAACUGCGACAUCAAUGAAUGCAAGGAUCACAAUGGUCAUUGCUUGCAUUUUUGCCACGACACAAAGACUGGGUUCCACUGUUCGUGUAGACCUGGAUAUCAACUAGCGGAUGACAAAAAGAGUUGCCAAGACAUCAAUGAGUGCGAUAUUCCGGGAAUGUGUAGCCAAAUCUGUCACAACUUGAAAGGAGGAUUUAAAUGUUCAUGUCUUAAAAAUUAUCAGCUGGAUCCUGACGGCAGGAAGUGCCGUGCUACUCGAGGUCCCCGUCCAUCGUUGAUCUUCAGCAAUCGCAGGAAUAUUCGUCAGAUCAGGACAGAUGGCUCCCAUUACAAAGAAGCAAUCGCUCAACUUACGAAUGCCGUUUCUUUGGACUUCGAUUUUAAAACAAGUAUGAUCUAUUGGACAGAGCAGUCUCUGAAGAAAAUCCAGCGGGCUCGCUUUGAUAAGAAUGCUGCUCCCAAAAUUGUAAACGUCAUGCAAGAAGGAUUGGAAUAUUCAUCCCACAUCGCGGUGGACUGGGUCGGAAGGAAAAUCUAUUGGGGCAGUGAAGGUGGUUCUAUCGAAGUCUCCGAAAUGGAUGGUUCUUUCCGUCACACUUUGAUUAACGACGGCAUCGAGAAAUUAAGCGCUAUAGCCGUGGACCCCGUUGAAGGGGUUUUAUAUUGGACAGACUGGGGUGACCCGGCAAAAAUUGAACGUGCAAACAUGGACGGUAGCGAUCGAAAAAUCCUCAUAAGUGGAAACCAUAUUGAAUGGCCGGUCGACUUAGCUAUUGACUAUACUACAAAGAAGCUGUUCUGGAUCGACGCCAAACUGAAGGUUAUUAAGCACUGUGAUAUGGACGGCUCCAAUGUGCGUGAGGUAAUGAACCAGGGUAUUCAGGAUCCUUCUGCCAUCACAGUGUUUGAGGAUCACAUGUACUGGAUUGAUCAGAGAAACAUCGUCAAGGCCAACAAGUUUACCGGAAAAAAUGUGACAGUUCUUGUGAAUCAGGCUGAAUCACCCAGAGAUUUGCACAUAUAUCAUCCACAAAGACAACCACUUGUUGUUACGCCUUGUUCAAAAGACAACGGAAACUGUUCGCAUCUUUGCCUUUUGUCGUCGGGAGCGAAGAAGUUUACUUGCAGCUGCCCUAACGGGCUUUAUCUUCAAGCUGAUGGCAAAACAUGUAACUCUACUACGCCACCAGCUCCUGUACCAUCGUCAUCGUCAACGUCAACUGUGUCAUCCCCCGCCAGCGUGAAUUACAGCACUGUUCAACCAGCUGAUAUACAAUACCAGGAACAACACAAUAGCAAACCUAACUACGGAAUUAUUUUCGGUGCCGUGUUUGGUGUUCUUGUAUUUUUUGUGAUCGUGUUUGUCAUCAUUUUAAUUAUUGCAAGGAGAAAACGAUCACCGAAACUAGAAAUUCACUACACUGCUGAUCAAGAUAUACCGGACGACAAAGCUAUAAUUGUAAAACCAGAAGAUGGUGUUUAUACUAAACAGCCAGCAAUAUUCAAGGGAAAUUUGAACAGAAAUUUUAAUAAUGUCAACUAUAUGGAAGGACGAGGAAGCGUAGAUUACGACGAGGAUGAUGAUGACGAGACAAGUCCUGUGGUUAGAAAUGGAGAUAUAGUUUGAUAUAAACCUACAGUGUGGUAUGUAACUGCGUAUCCAAGACAUUCAGACCUAUGGGAGCACUAACAAAAGAGUGGCCGUUCUUGUUACCCCCUCAGUGGUCUCCACAUCCUGCCCUUUAAGUUAGGGGGGGGCAGGACACCACGAUUGAGUUCAGGGUGGAGGGAUGACGGGACUCUACCCUGAAAGGGCCAACUGGUUGUGUUACUUCUCGUCAUCUGAAAUGUUUUGUUCUCAAAAACCGUCAGCCGAAAUUGGAUGGGUUUAAUUUCCUAUUAGGGAUAAUGUUUAAAUUUAACGAAUCAAUCAACGUUAAGCAAGGUCUGAUUGUAUUUUUGUAACAUAACCCUUAAAACUGAUAAUGUGAGAAAAACAAAACAAAAUCUAAUUUAUUAUAUAAUAUAAUUUAUUCGCGUUAUUCAGAGAUUUAAGAUGUUUCUUCUCAGCCUUGGUCUCUGCCUAUUCAAACAAAGAUAUGGCAGAAAUUUAAAUGGUCAGCUCAGAUAAAUUUUGUUUCUUUGAAUCAAACUUGUUUAGAUUUGUCUCUUCUCCCCAGUCCCCCGUGGGGCGACACACGGGAUUUACGCAAGGAGAAGGCUGACACUUUAGACGACAAAAAUAACCUGUUGGACAGAAUUUCAUCCUCUUCCGAAAUCCUGUUCAACAGGUUUGAGCAUCAGCUGACUGUGUUCGAAUGGAAAAAAUGAAGUACAAUGCGUGCUGGUUAUGGUUUGCACCAUAGAGUGAAGCUCUUAAUUUGCAUUGGAAAUAAUGGUUUAAUUUUCGUACUAAAAAAAAAGCGUGGAUAGUUUUUGGCAGUUUAAAAACUGCACGGAGUACAUACGCCUGAAAAUAUUUUUGGUUGUGGUGAGUUCUACGUUAACGUCAAAAAUUCUAACAUAUUUUGAUAUCUAUAAAUGUCACUGGAGUAAUAAUUUGCAAAAUGCUUCAUUUGUUGCCUAAGGGUGCUGUAAGUCGCCCGUCCUAGUUUUUGUUUUUAAUCUGUAACUUACUGCAAAACAAAAAAUGAAAAGACCAUUUGUAUUUCAAAUAACUCUAGCAACACUUACAAUAGUAGUACGUGUAUUUAAGUUCCACUUUUCAUAUCGGUGUCACAUUUUAUAGAUACCUCUUAAGUUAUAAUCAUUAAGACGUCUGAGUUUUUGUUUGCUAGUUUUUUACCAAGCACAUAUUUUGGAUGCAUUCUUAGUAUUUUGUCAUUUAAAUAGAGGGGCACUUUACAUCAAUGUAAGUUCUACUUCUGCCCUCUUUGAAAUUUGUAUCUAGAACACCAUGUAAUUGUGUUAAAUCUGUCAUUUGUGUAAAUAGCCAUUUAAAUUUGUACUUGAGCGACUCCACAUUUUCCACGUGGCUUUAAUACUCAGUGGAACCCCGAUAAAACGGUCCUCGAUAUAACGAUAUUCCUGGUACAACGGUAAAUAUGCUAUGUCCCAGCAAAAAGUUACAGUAAAAUGUAUGGGACAGAACCCCGUCUCGAUAUAACGAUAACUCAAUACAACGAUCUAAUUCCACUGCUCCCUUGGCAUAUCGUUAUAUCGGGGUUCCACUGUAUUACGGUUUGUAACUUAUUUGGGACUACAACAACGUUCGCGCGAAAUCAUCUUCGCCGGCUCAGUGGAAUUCAUUUUAGUAAAGGACGCGAACGUUAUUGAAUUAUCGCUGGUAUAAAUUAAACGUCACGUUAAAAUUAAACAAAUCAACUUAUAACAUAUCAUUUAUCAUUUACGUUUCUGAACUUAAGUUUCAAAAUUAAGGCAACUGUCAUUGAAGUUGUCACGCAACGAUUGUCAUGUAACGCUCGUCACGGCAAGAAGCGUUGCAUGACAGAACAAAAAUUUGUGGCCACAUUAUGUUUGCCAACAAAGGGAAUAUAUUAUAUUAAGUUUUAAAUUGUUGGCCAUCGUAAAACCAAAAAGUUUGUAAAUAUUAGCACAGAUAUAUGGACGUAGCUUAAGAAAUAAUAAUUUAGAUAUAUUUCGUUACUUGUACAGUCAGUGAUUGGUCUUAAGAUUGUAAAGAAAGUUGAUGUUUAGAAUUCCUUUGGAGAUGCCAAUUCUAUUCUUGGUGGUUUCAGUUCAAGGGAGUCUGACCAAAUAAGCAAACAUUGUGUUAGUUUCUCAAGUUGAUUACUUUGUAAAUUAAUCCAACUUCAUUUCCUUCAUCUUGACCCUGAAACUCCGUAGAGUGGUUUAGCAUUCAAUUUCUCCUUUCAAUAUCUCCCGUGAAUCAAGCAUUAAAGUCAUGAGAAUAUAGAGAAUAAGCACCUACUAAAGUAGCUCUUUGAUUGUUAAACAAUUCUCCUUGUCGGCACAGAACGCGUAUGGAGAACAGUAUGGACACUAAUGUCAAGCUGUAAAGGGUUCAACCAUCGUCGCUUCCUUUUCUGUGCUACGCUGAUUUUCUAUUUCUGCUUUUGUCACUGAUAAUGUUUAACAAGAAAUGACGCAACGUUUGCUUUUCAGCUCAGACACUAUUGAUUAGUUCCAAGUGAUUUAACAUGACGGCUGCUUCUUCCUUAAUUGUCGCCUUUCCGGAUUCUUAAUCGGCGAUAGUUUCAGGGUAUGUUACCAUGACAACAAACAUCUGACUUUCGCCGUUGUGAAUAAAUGUAAAAUUGUUAGUGUUGUACAUUUAAAUUGAAGCCUUAGGCUUCCUAAACUUGUGAUCAAGUGAAAGUUGUUUUGUGAAUAAAAUUAAACUGAAAUUGUUAGUUUUUUUUCAUACGUUCAUUGUGCUCCUCUCUGUUGAAUAAACAAGGUAAAACAUA